UGGUGUGGGCCCGGGCCGGGGGCUGGGCGCUGGAGUUAAACCGAUCUGACCCUGACCGGGGUCCUGGGCCGGUUUGACUCCAGGCCGGCAGCACCCGGGGACACGGGGCACGGGGAUAUCCCUGCCCCGGGCCGACUCAGCCCCGUGCCCUUGCCAACACACUCGCCUUGCAGACGUACUGCCCGCGCCGGGCACCAUGGACACGCUGCCCAUCACGCCCGGGGAGCUGCUCUGCCUGGGCUCCAGCAUCGCCUUCUCCGGCCUCUUUUAUUACCUGUACAGGAAGAAAGCCAGAGUCGUGACGCGCAUCCAGGAGGCCCCAAAGCUCCAGGUUGAUGACGAUUUGCCAGCGCUGGUGUCUGCAGCUGAUGGGAGGUGCCUGUCUUACGUUGCCCUGGAAGGCAUAGUGCUGCCAGCCAAGGCUGCACUGUCCAGCCAUUAUCAUGAGGAGAUGCAGGGUGUGAUCCAGAAACUGCUUCUAAAAGAGCAUCGCCUGAUCUGGAACAGCUUGGCUCGGAGCUGGAGCGAGAGCGAGCGGGUGCUCUCAGAGCAGGUCUACACCGUCCCCUUCUUGCUGGCUUCACCAGAUGCUGAGGCGGUGACACAGGUGAGCGUGGAGAGCCCGCUCCGAGCCAUCCACCUGCCCCUGGAGACGGUGUACGAGCGGUUCCAGCAGCCGGCCCACGGUUUCCGCGACCUGCUGGGCCACUACCUGAGUGGGGAGAAACCCAAGGGCAUCCUAGAGACGGAGGAGAUGCUGCGGGUGGGAGCCGGGCUGACAGGCAUUGGGGAGCUGGCCCUGCACCCCGACGGGGGUCUUGGAAGGGGGCCAGCCGUGCUGUGUGCCGUGGCGGGCUUGGCGGUCCUCCUGCAUGCCCUGUGCCGUGCCUACCGCCAAAUCCGCCUCAAGCAGAAGCGUGAAGAAAAGGAGCCAGACAGCGAGGAGGCCGGAGAUGAUGGGCUCGAGGACUCCUGUGUGGUCUGCCUGACGCGGCCCCGCGAGUGCGUUCUUCUGGGCUGCGGCCAUAUCUGCUGCUGCUUCCGCUGCUUCCAGGCCUUGCCCACCCGCCUCUGCCCCAUCUGCCGGGGGCCCAUUGACCGUGUGGUGCCCCUGUACCAGGCCUGAGAGCGCCUGAGGGGUCACAGGCAGGGGCAGCAUGAACCAAGCCAAGCCUUGAGCCUGUAGAAAUGUCAGCUGUCAACUUGCAUGCAGCUGUGCAAUUCCUGUUGGAGAGGGGAGCAGUCCUGAUGUGCCUCCCAUCUGAUUUUGGGAGGGGCCAAGGGCAUUCUUUAUAAAGCCAAGGGAGGCUUAUAGACCUUCACCCUCCUCUUUGCACUGUCUGCCAGAGGAAGGCCCCUUAAUACGAACACCUGGGAGGAAGCGUACUCUCUGGUGCCUGACAUAAGGAGGUAGCUCCCCUGCACCACACAGGGCCUUUACUUUGGCAGGUUGCUGUUUGAGCUUUGUUUUUGCAGCAUUGACCCGAGGCAGGGACCCCUCCUCCCAGGAGGCACGUGGAUUUUGUUUCUUGUUUUGCUUUUCCAGCGUGUGGCUUUGUCCCCAGGAAGCAUGACUGGGGUGAGGGGAAGAUACUAGGGCUGGAUGGACACAUCUAGGGAAGGCGGGGGGACACAGACCUGGCCGUGGUUCCAGUGUUUUUCUACCCUUAAUUGGUGUGGCUAUGGCCACUAUACAGACUGUGUGGGGCAUUCGGAGGGAUGAAGGUCCCAGUUUCAGGGAAGAGCUGAAUUUUGCCUUUGCCAGCCGCUGCUCUGUCCCCCAGUACUCUGGGAGUGGGGGGAUGUGAGGCUGCUGUGGGGCUGCAGUGUCUCUCCAUCCCUCACUGUAGAGUCCCCAGUCUCUUGGAGCUGGAGGACAGAUGUAGGGCAGCACCGGAGCCUGCCCGGGCCUCCAGCCCUCGCGGCGCCCCUGUGUAUGCCAGCCGCAGAGCUCAGCUUUCUUGUCCCCUUCCUGGGCAGGAGUCCGUGCAAGAGCAACUUGCUGUUGUUUGUUGAUUGAUAAAGCCAGGGAGCGGA